CCGCCCCAGGUGCGCUCGACCCCGCGGCGCGAGCGACCCUGAGCCGCGCGCCUGCAGCCCCGCCCGCGGCGACCCGGGUCGGCCGAGGGUCCCCGUAUGGGUGAACUUCAGGACUGGGUGCUCGGGAUCCUGAGCUGCGAGAGGGCGCCCUAAUACUGCUCCUGGACCAUUCAUAGCCAGUAUUAAAAGUUGGAGUCUCUGGAGUUGGUUCGUUGUAGGCCAGUGACGGACUGGUUUGUGAUUUAUUUUUUUCAUUUUUAAAUAGUAGGAAAGCAAUGUGUGAGCCACGGAAGGUGGUGGGCACUUACUAAAGUGAGGGGCAGUAGUGUUAAUUAGUAUGAGAUUUAAUUACAUGGAGAUAGUUUUUUGCAGGACCAGCCUCAGGCUCAGAAGCAUUCUGCUUUAAGGGUUUAUGUUCAUUUCACAGUAAUAAUGGUUAUGAAAGCAUCUGUAGAUGAUGAUGAUUCAGGAUGGGAGCUCAGUGUCCCUGAAAAAAUGGAAAAAAGCAAUACAAGCUGGGUGGACAUAACCCAAGAUUUUGAAGAAGCUUGUCGCGAAUUAAAGCUGGGAGAAUUGCUUCAUGAUAAACUAUUUGGUCUUUUUGAAGCCAUGUCUGCUAUUGAAAUGAUGGAUCCCAAGAUGGAUGCUGGCAUGAUUGGAAACCAAGUUAAUCGAAAAGUUCUCAACUUUGAACAAGCUAUCAAGGAUGGCACCAUUAAAAUUAAAGACCUCACCCUGCCUGAAUUGAUAGGGAUAAUGGAUACAUGUUUUUGCUGUUUGAUAACAUGGUUGGAAGGCCAUUCCUUGGCACAGACUGUAUUUACGUGCCUUUACAUUCAUAAUCCAGACUUUAUAGAAGAUCCUCCUAUGAAGGCAUUUGCUCUGGGAAUCUUGAAAAUCUGUGACAUUGCAAGGGAAAAAGUAAACAAAGCUGCCGUUUUUGAAGAAGAAGAUUUUCAGUCAAUGACUUAUGGAUUUAAAAUGGCUAACAGUGUGACAGAUCUUCGAGUUACAGGCAUGCUAAAGGAUGUGGAGGAUGACAUGCAAAGAAGAGUAAAGAGUACUCGAAGUCGACAAGGAGAAGAAAGAGAUCCAGAAGUUGAACUAGAACACCAACAGUGUUUAGCAGUAUUCAGCAGAGUGAAAUUUACUCGUGUGUUACUGACUGUGCUUAUAGCCUUUACUAAGAAAGAGACCAGCGCUGUUGCAGAAGCUCAAAAAUUGAUGGUUCAAGCAGCAGAUCUUCUUUCUGCCAUUCAUAAUUCGUUGCACCAUGGCAUCCAGGCCCAGAAUGAUACUACAAAAGGAGAUCAUCCAAUUAUGAUGGGUUUUGAGCCCCUUGUUAAUCAGAGGCUGCUUCCACCUACCUUCCCUCGAUAUGCAAAAAUAAUUAAAAGGGAAGAAAUGGUUAACUAUUUUGCAAGAUUAAUAGAUAGAAUAAAAACUGUGUGUGAGGUUGUGAACUUAACAAAUUUACAUUGUAUCCUGGAUUUUUUCUGUGAAUUUAGUGAACAGUCGCCAUGUGUUCUUUCAAGGUCACUGUUACAAACCACAUUCUUGGUGGAUAACAAAAAGGUCUUUGGAACUCAUCUCAUGCAAGACAUGGUUAAAGAUGCCCUUCGGUCUUUCGUCAGUCCUCCGGUGCUUUCCCCCAAGUGCUGCCUAUAUAAUAAUCACCAGGCUAAGGACUGUAUUGACGCCUUUGUUACUCACUGUGUUCGGCCAUUCUGUAGUCUUAUUCAAAUCCAUGGACAUAAUAGAGCACGGCAGAGAGAUAAGCUUGGGCAUAUUCUCGAGGAGUUUGCAACCUUGCAAGAUGAGGCAGAGAAGGUCGAUGCAGCACUUCACACUAUGUUAUUGAAACAAGAACCCCAAAGACAGCAUUUGGCCUGUUUGGGGACAUGGGUCCUGUAUCAUAACCUUCGAAUCAUGAUACAGUAUCUUCUAAGUGGCUUUGAGUUGGAACUCUACAGCAUGCAUGAGUACUACUACAUAUACUGGUACCUCUCCGAAUUCCUUUAUGCAUGGUUGAUGUCCACAUUGAGUCGUGCUGAUGGCUCUCAGAUGGCCGAGGAAAGGAUAAUGGAAGAGCAGCAGAAAGGCCGGAGCAGUAAAAAAACAAAGAAAAAAAAGAAAGUUCGUCCAUUGAGCCGGGAGAUCACAAUGAGCCAAGCAUAUCAGAACAUGUGUGCUGGCAUGUUUAAAACCAUGGUAGCAUUUGACAUGGACGGCAAAGUACGCAAACCCAAGUUUGAGCUCGAUAGUGAACAAGUUCGAUAUGAGCACAGGUUUGCUCCCUUCAAUAGUGUGAUGACCCCGCCACCAGUGCACUACCUACAGUUCAAGGAAAUGUCUGACCUCAAUAAAUACAGUCCACCUCCUCAGUCUCCAGAGCUAUACGUGGCAGCUAGUAAGCACUUUCAGCAGGCAAAAAUGAUAUUGGAAAAUAUCCCCAACCCAGACCAUGAGAUCAAUAGAAUUUUAAAGGUCGCCAAACCCAAUUUUGUGGUUAUGAAGUUACUAGCAGGAGGACACAAAAAGGAGUCAAAGGUUCCUCCCGAAUUUGAUUUCUCUAUUCACAAAUACUUUCCUGUUGUGAAACUUGUUUGAAAGAGACUGAAAACAUGACCACAAAGAGAUAGAAUCUACUUUCAGAUUCCACUCUUAGAGGAUAUAUCCAUCAGUCUCACCACACAGCGUGAAGUGAAACGAAUUUCUGGGGUGACAACCCACGUAAAGAAUACUUUUAGUUUGACCGCCUUACAUGACAUGAAUGAAACUGCUGUUUUAAAGUGGUUUAUUAUGUUCCGUGGAUGAAACCAGUCUUACUGAAUGAUUUAAUGAACAUUACAUGGUUUUAUUACAGAUUUAAUCAUAAAUCAUUUUUUAUGAAUGAGUGAAAACAGUGUUUGUAAAGGCUAAUAAAUUUCUUGACAAAAAAAAUGUACUGCUGGAGAUGAGAGACAGUACCACUUGAAACAUAGUACGAACUGAAGCUGUUUGCUCUUUGUUUAGUAGUACAAAAUUGUUCAAAAGGUUUUUCAAAUCGUAGGAUUUGUUAAACUGUCAUGUGAGAUUUUUUUUUUUUUUUUUUUUUUUGGUGAGAUACAUUUAAAAGCAUUUUGGGGGUCUCUGAGCUAUAAAAGGAGACUAACCGAUUUUUAAAAAUCUUUUGUUACCUUUGGCACAUUUUAAAGAGUGAACAUUGUCUACUGGUGAUGCAGAAAAGGUAGGGGAUGUCUGGCCUUAACUGUGGUAUCUUUUUUCUUUCCUUUGUCUUCACUUUAAUCCAUGACAUGUACUCUGGUGGGGGGGUCUGUUCCUAUCCUCUGAUUCGAACACUGCUUCACCCCAACUGUCCCUGUGAGUGCUCAGUGCCAGCGGCCCUGCCCUGUCCUUCAUUCUCCCUGUGCCUCCUUCAGAAGUUUGGGGGCAGCUGUCCCAAGUUUUCAGGGCUUUCUGUUUUUGUUUUCUAAAGGAAUAGUACUAUUUGAAUGAGGUACACUGGCUUAAGCUGGCUUCUGUAGUAUGGCCUGAGAUUAGUGAGUUUUUCAGUUUUUAUGAUAAGGUUUAACUGAUAUGCCACCUUUUUGUUUCGUUUUGAUGAUAAUGGGUCCAACCUGUGUAUGCUAAGCAAAUGAGCUGUAUCCCUAGCUCCUUGACAUCAUUCUUGAAAACAUGGUAUUCACACUUCUUCCUGAAAAUAACUGAAGCAGCUAACCUGACUGUGCCUCCCACAGUGAAAGAAGAUGAUAGGGUAGGGGUGUUCCUGACCCUGCCAUUCCAUGAAUGAAAUGUCUGGCUUCCUUUCCAAGUGGCAACCCUUGUCCUAACCAGGACCCUCUCAUAGGCAGCCUGAGAUUUCACAAGUCUUAGAGAAAAAUGGCCUGUACAACAGAAACUUGAACUAACAAAAAGAAAAAAAGCUCACAUUUGCUGAGAAGGAAAACAGCACUGUUAGUAGUUGGCGCUUUCUAAAUGUAGAACACAGAAAACAGUAGAGGAAUAAUAGGAAAUAGGCAAUAGGAGAAACAAAAGCAGCAAAGAAGAAAUACAAAAAACACUGACAUUCUGAAGUAACCAGAAAGGCCUGAGGCAAGUUAGGAAGCUGAGAAAUUAUUCCUCCAUCUCGGGCCAGGAUGUGAAAUCUAAAGUACAUAUCCUUCAGAGCAGAAAAUGAAAGAAGCCACCUGUAGGGAUCAGUGCAGUUAUGGUGGCACUUCUUAGCUGCAGUGUCUGAUUGGAUCACCUGCUGCAGGUGACUGUCACUGGUGUAUAAUUAAGAGUGGUGUAUAAUUAAGAGAGUGGUAUGUAAUUAAGAACAUCUGCAUUUUCUUUUUGAAGUGGUUCUUAAAGCGUGCUGCAGUUAAAUUGUUAUCAGCUAAAAAGCAGAUUAGUGUAUGUUACUGAUAGCUUUUCAAGUGUUGUUUCUUCUAGCAGAUUUUUAGCUAGAAAAAUAGUGUGAUACAACCCAGUUAUCAGACAGCUCCAAGCUUAAAGUUUCUACUACUUAAACAGUAAAGUUUGAAGAAAACCCAAUUUGAAAAAAAAAAAUCUGUUCAGCGGAGUAACGUGUCCUCUCUCACCAUGGACACAAAAGGGUGACACUUCAGUCUGAGUGCGGCUCUUACCCAGACAACAUAACAGUGCUUUUGUUAAUAUGUUAAAAUAUUUGUCACUGUGCCCUUUUUUGUGUGCUUUAUUUUCAUAAAAUACGGUAACCAUAGCUCCAAAGAAAGUUACUGAUAACAGUAAAGUUAAGAGAAAAACUCUUGAGAGCCAUAAAGAAAUCAUUGUGAAAUGUGUUACAGUCCUGGGAAGAUGAAUUUACAAGUGUAAUUUUGGGCCUCAGAACCAAUUAGUUUUCCAUUUCUAAGGAAAAAUAUGUUCAUUUCUUGAACUUUUCAAUAUUUGAACAUGAAUUUGGAACAAAUUGAAUUCAACGACCAAGGUGUCACUGUAGUUGCUUCUUUGCAUUUUAAAACAUCUACCACUUAUGAUAUCAAAAACAAAAAAAAAGAAAAGGAAGAUACACCUAUGGCAUGAGUGUCACCGUGUUUUCAAGACAAAAGAUGUUACCGUAUGAGUUUUCUAAACUAAAACCUCAAUAUUCAAGUAUAACUGCAGUGUCAGCAUUUUACAAUACAUAAGUUGGUUUUGGGCUCUGGCCUCUAAAAUUCUGCCAUCACUGGUCUGUAUCUUAAAUGUCCCCAUGUGCUUAAAGGCUUUCCCACCAGCUGGUGGUGCUACUGGGAGGAAGCUGGGUCACUGGGGGGGUAUGCUGUUGGGACCUGGGACCCUCACCCCUUCUUGUCACUUUCUGACUGCCAUAAGGUAAACAGACCUCCAUGUCAGACUCCUGCCAUGAUAUACUCCACUGAAUGCAAACCCAGAACAAUAGAGCCAAACAACCAUGGGCUGUAUUUGAAACCCUUCACUCCUCUUAAGUUGAUUAUCUCAGGUAUUUCAUUAUAGUAACAGAAAGCUAAGGCGUGAGUAUAGAACUAGUUCAUACUGAAUGGUACAGAGAAAGUCCGUCUUCCUGAGUCCUGAAGGUUUGAAGGUAUUGGUUGUCCAAGGUGUGCUAGAUGGGGGAAUAGAAGGACGCUGAGCCAGAAGCCAGGCUAAAGGAUCUGGAUUUCAUUCUGCUAGUGCUGAAAGCUUCAAUGAGGGAACUGAUGGGCUCAACUCACACCUGCUUACCUAUGAUUGGCUCAGGUAGGGCAGGGCUGGAUGCAGGGAUGUGAGUAACAAUGUUCUUAGUGACAGUUGUGGCUAAGAGGGGAGGUAGACAAAUGGAUGGGAUCAGAUGGUUUAGUACAGGGAACAGGAAGUAGUUAAUGAGGAGGUGGGUUUAUCAUAUGGAAAUCGGCUCAGUUUUUUGGCUUUGGCAACUGGACAAAUCAGGUGCCCUUUGCUUAUGUAGGUUAUGAGGAUCGUUUUAACUCCGUGCUGUCUUGGAUGUCCUGGUGAAGAUGGCAGGUGCUGCGGUCCAAGAUGGAGAUGCAUGAAGGACUGAGUGGCCAUAGGUGUAGCUGUGUGUGGGGUGGUGCAGCUGCACAGAAAUGGUGCCAAGCCUGACAGGGCUCCCAAGAGGUAUGCUGGAGAUGGUCCAGUUAUAAAAAGUGGGCUGGGGAAGGGAGAGGCCCCUUAAGAGACAGGCAUGGGCUACCACUGUGUAAGUUUGUAGUCAGUUCACUUUUUCACAUAGUUUUCUGGCCAGCACUAUAAAUGCUGGUCAGAGCAGCUUCUUUGAAACAUGUGUCAGGAAUCUGCUUGCCUUCUUCCUUUCCUGACUGUUUCCAGUCACUGGAAAUGCCUGCAGGGGACUUAGAGGAAAAUGAACAGAAUGCAUAGUGACAGGGCCAGGAACAGAAUGGCCUAAGUGGGCCCACUGCACUGGGUAUGUAUAGCUUCCUGGUGACAACAUGGAGAGCUCGCUCUUGACAUGGGGCAGAGGCUGCAAAGACCCACGACGCAGAGUGAAGCGAUGGAGGUGGUAAAUGAACCCCUAUGCAAGUAUUGGAGGAGCCGGCAUGGAGCUGAAGGAGCGUGAUGUGAACCUGCGCACAGUAGACCUGGCCAACCAGGAGCCCUAGAGAGGCCCCCUCUGCCUCUGGCUUCUCACGCUACAGCCACAUUGCCUCCCCACUGUGGCCACUUUGCUGGCAUCCUUGGCAUUUCAUCCGAAGUGCCCCAUCCCAGGGAAGGUCAUGCUUCAGGGAGGGCCGUGCCUCCUAAACACACCUAGAACUAUCUUGUCUUCCAGAUCAUAGUAUAAACUUGAGGAAAAGGACUUCAUCUUGUGAGGACUUUAUCUAGUAAGUGGUGAGUCAGGAGCACCUGCUCACUCUGGGGCAUGUGGAUGUUUUAAAAAAUGUAAACACGUGUCCUAAUGGCAGUGAGCAAUGGUAGGUGGAAACAAGCUAAAACAAAGUCCUUAGGAGCUUGGGAAUCUGGGAGAAGAGUAACCCUGUGGUAAGAACAAGGUUUCUGGAGGUCUGGCAAAGUAGAAUCUGAUGAAGAUGGGUCAGUUUGAUACAUGCAGUAGGUGUCUAAAUUCAAGUUGGUAUAUCAGAGUUCAUUCCUCUGCACUGUCUUCCAUUUUAAAAAGUCAGGUAUUGGUGGAAGAUGUAGUUAUUAGUGCAGCCCUUCUAUGAACUAGAAGCAGUACCUGUAACUUGUUUAAAAUUCAAACAUUAGUUAACAUUCCAGGACAGUGCGGUGCUUUUGUUUAAGCACAGACAUGGCCUCUGUUAACUUCUGAAAUAACUUGAAACAAGGCCCUCUCACAUCAUCAGAGCAAGAUUGUUAAGAUGGUUCUUUACAGGAGGAAAUGCGACUGCAGACUGGGUGAGUUCACAGGACUACUCUAGGAAGUGAUACUCAAAUGCGACCAGCAGCGGUUUUAGAGAAUGAGCUAUAAUAUGCUGGUGUUUUCUGGUUGUCUGUUGUGUACAAAGCCUUGAGUUGGAUUGCCCCGCCCACCCCCCCCCUCCACACACACACGGAAGUGAAUGUUUCCUUCCUGACACAGGCACACAUGGAUGAUUACUCUGGAGGUCCCACCACUGUCAUCCUGCUCUGUCUUUUGAGAGACAAGUGAGUAAAGCUCAAGCUUUCACCUGAACUCUCCUCAAGGCUUCAGCACCUUUUUAAAGGCUGUGUUAGCAGCAUAGCUAACUUUUAUUUAUACUGAUACCCUCUCUCAUCCCACAAACCAUCUAAGGCAAACCAGUUUUUAUCCGCAAUGGUGACUAGGAAUCUCAGGCUAUAAAGGGAAAAUAACUAAAAACUUUUAAAAGUUGAACAGAGUACUUUAUUUCUCAUAUUAAACAUGAGGUGAAUACUUCAACUGAGAAAACUUUAGAAUUCAUGUCAGCCCUAAGACUGAGGGCACAAAGGGAGAGUGAAAAAGAACUGGGACAAAAACCUACUUAGAUACUUCCGUAUUUUCUUCAGUUGCCUUUUCAUGUGGACAAGCUAAAGAAGUCGAUCACAUGAACACACACACACACACAAAGGCCUAUCUCUGUAGACCCUGCAGCUAGAUGCGCCUGGCUUUCUGGGCCCCAUUAUCCACUUUGGAAAAGAGGGUGCUAGCCAGAUAAUCCCUGUGGCCCUUCCUACUGUCCCAUACCACUUCCCUGAAAGUCAUCAGUGUGACUCUAAGUGAUAAGAGCCUGUUUACCAUCAGUAUGAAGGAUCAAGUCAAACCUAAUGGUCAUUGUCACUGGGCUGUGAUUCAGUGUUUCAAAAUUAACACCUUUGAUUUUUAAAUCAAUUUCCCGAGUCAUUUAUCAGAGCUAAGUGUGCAAGGAUAAACAGCACAGCAUUUCUCUUGCCUUUAUGGACAUCCCCAUUUUGUAACACUAUAGAUCCUUCAGCCUCAAGCAGCUUUGUUCUUGUACUCUGGCAGGAGCCAGGGGCCUGUCCUGCUGUGGGGGGACUGAGGCCAGCUGUUUCGGCCCCUGUUGUCAGAAGUCUAGUUCAGUCAUUGCUCCUCUUGGUAAUGUACAUGUACUUAAUGGUUUUGUUCUGCCCACACAUACAAAAAGUAAGCAAAGUAAGGAUAGACCACAAAUGUUCCAAUUACAGAUCAGUAGUGUUUAUACAUCAAGAACAACGAGGCUUGAUGCACAAGUAGUCUUUUUAAAACAACCAAUAGCUCUGUAUUCAGGUUUGUUUAAACUGCUGCUGCUGCUGCUGCUGUCCACAGUGUUCCAGGCUGGGAUGGUCAGAACCAGGAGUGUACAGGAACCCAGCCAGACAGAGCUGCACAGCCCGCCUGCUUCCUGUCAGGUGGCUCCUACAAGCUUUUUUUUUUUUCUUUUAAACACAUAUUCUGGAAUAAAGAA